CUCAACACCACCAGCCACAGUGUCGUCGAUCGGAGCCUCGACUCCAUGUAUCUGCUUUUGCUUGACCACAGUUUCUUCUUCCAUGCCAUGCCAUGCCAUGCAGUGCCUCUGCCUGCGAGCUUCUCAAUCCAGAUAAUCAGCCGUGUGCUAAAGUGCUCAAGUAUACAGUAG